AUGGAUUUAUCCAAUGUAGAUAAUGAAUCUUAUAAAAAAUAUAGUGGUUUGGUAUCAGAUGGUGUGGAAUCUAUCGAACCAGGAAUCAAUCUGAGGAAUCCUGGUUCAAAAAUUACGAGUACUUUAUAUGAAAAUGAAACUAAAGAUAUCAAACAUGAAAGUACUUUACUUCUGCAAGAAGAACUUUUAGCAGCCCAUCAUUUGCAAAAAGCGUUUAAACAUUUUGAAUUUGAAAAUGAGCCGCAAUCUCAUUUCACGAACAAGUCGACUGAAAAUAAAGAAAACGAAGCAGGAAAGCCAAAAUCCAAAGUCGAAGAGGAAAUUAACAAGUACAAAAUGUGGCCAUUAGGAAUACCUUUCAAUGAAGGUAUUGCUACUGCAAAUGAAGGUGAUGCCGAAUCAAGAACUGGUGCCCCAGAAGCGCUUCCAAAACCAUUACAAAAAGGAAUGACAGUUUUACGUGGAAGUUCAAACCCAUUCGGAAACAUCUACGCGCCUACAACCCCACUUGGCAUCUAUCCAGUAAUCGAAAUUUUUCGUGGUACAAAAAAAUUGAGAAAUUUGCGAAAAAAAACUCUUGUGUUGAGCGGAUUCAAUAUGAACGUAUAUAGCAACAAACUGUAUUGUUUAGUGGGUCCUAGAAAAUGUGGAAAAACCACUGUUUGUAAAAUUGUGAUCGGUCGUUGGGGUCUUGAUGGAGGUGUAAUAAGACUUUUUGGAAAAUCGUAUGACCGUUGUAAUCCGUCUGAUAUAGGCUAUAUGCCGGAGGAAAAUAAAUUGCAACUUCAGUUCACGAUCAAGGAAACGUUUUUCUACUUUGGAAAUUUGUUCAAGAUUCCACGCAGGGUCGUGGAAGACAGACUAUCCCAGUAUUCAACGCUAUUUGAGCUUCCUGGAUCUGGCAAAAAGCUAAAGAAAAUGCGCGAUCAAGAAAUUCGGGCUGUAAGUUUUGCCUUGGCAUUGUUGCACCAGCCGCGUUUGCUAAUUCUGGACGAACCAACUGCAGGAGUUGAUCCUGUCUUAAGACACAUGAUAUGGCAACAUCUACAUGUACUUCUACGCCAAGGUUCCAUCUCGGUACUAGUCACGUCCCAUGAUAUGGCAGAAGCGCCCUUUUGCGAUUCCGUAGGGAUUAUGCACAAGGGCUUCAUGUUGGCCGAAGGGGCACCCCAGGACGUUGUGCGACAUUUUGGGGCUGUACAUUUAAGGGAUAUUGCCUAUUUGUAUGAAACAGGCGCCAUCGAUUUAGAAAAGUUGCGAAGUAUGAAUAAAACUGAACGAGAUGCAUCUGAAGCAGGGCCUUCUAUGAAGCCAUCGGUUUCUGUAGGUUUUAUGCCUGUUUCUGAAGCUCAGACAAAUGUGCCAGAACCAGACUCAGAUUUUGAUAAAAAUAGAACAUUUCUCCAACUUUGGUGUCCAUUUCGUAGUCAAUUUAUGACCAGGAGUGUCUGGAGAAUCACAUGCAGAUCUAUAAGCAGCAUUUCUAGAAAUUUUUGUCGCCUUUUGCUGAUUUUGUUUUUGCCACCUUUAUUUUUGAUCAUUUUUGGACUUACUGUUGGUUUGAUUCCGGGAAAUUUACAUGUUGCAGUCGUGAAUUACGAAGGUAAUUGCUCCAAAAUGAAAAAUGAUUUUAGAAAUAUCAUGCUCAGUUGUAAUAUGCUAAGAUAUUUGAAGCAAGAUCAUGCUGUCCAACCCAUAUAUUAUGAUGAUAUGGCCAAUGCAGAAAUUGCUUUUCGUCUGGAUAGAAUUAAAGCGAUUCUGGUUUUCGUGCCGAAAUUGCCCACAGUAUCUGACGAUUCGUUUGAAACUGAGCCCACAACACAAAGUACCACUGAAAUUAAAAUAGAAGAUAUGACUAAAGCUCCUCCAAUGACACGUCCUGUAUACUAUCCUGAGGCUAAUAUUGGAUACAACGUGGGAAAUUCUUCUUUGGUAUCUGAUCCUUUGUUUUCAAAUCCUGAUAUAGUGCUAAUGGUCGACAACAGUAAUAUCUUAGUUCGCAACGUAAUAGUAGACUCAGUAACCAACGCCCAACGCCACGUCCUCAGCGAUUUUUCGGCGAUACGUGGACAAAAACUGCCCAUAGUCGUCUUAAAAUCGGUUCACGAGCGUUCUUACAAGUACCGUCCACGGGGCAUGCUCGUCUGGGGCGGAGUCGUCGGCUACUGCUUCGCCGCCGGGGCGAUUAUUUCCGCCGCCACUGUUGCGGACGAUGAUGAUUUAGAUGUAAAUGACAGACUUAUUGCAGCAGGAUUUUUUAUAUACAGCCUAGUCCAAGAUAAGAUAACUGCUGUUAAAGUGGUUCUGUACAUACUAUGUCCACUUCUUCUACUAAGUGGCAUUCUUUGGCCUGUUAAUUGUUUAAGCCCAUGGCUCAGAAAAAUUGUGAUGUUUGGCCCAAUUAAUCUUGCUGCAGAAGCUAUUACUGUGAUUUUAGUACGAUGGCAAGGAAUUUUUACAUGUGCAGAUUUUCCUGGGGAUUCUAUCGCCAAAUAA